AUGAAAGAAUACAAUAACAAAUAUUAUAAAGUUAGGAAACUAUCAUCGAAUUUAGAUAGAGUCAUUUAUUUAUAUGAAAAUAUUCAAGAAAAAAAACUAUAUAUUUGUAAAAGAAUAAAACUAUUUAAUUUAGAAACUUUAAAUGAUUCUGAAAUAGGAUUAGAAAAGAAUUUCACCCAAUCAGUAAACCAAGAACUCAAAUUUUUAAAACGAUAUUCAAAUAAAGAAAAAUACCCACAUUUAAAUAUUAUUCAAUAUAUUGAAGAUUUUAUCACCAUAAAACCAAAUAAAGACUAUUACCAUUUAAAUAUCAUCACUGAAUUUUAUGAAAAUGGGGAUUUAUCAAAGUUAAAAAGAUUUUCUUUUUAUAAUUUUUUUUAUUUAUUGGUUAAGAUUUUAAUAAUUUUGGAACAGUUUAAAGAAGAUAAGGUUGUUCAUAGAGAUAUUAAACCAGAAAAUAUAUUUUUUAGAACACUUAUUGGUCCCAAUAGAAUUACAGGAGAACCGGAAUAUGAGUUUUAUUUAGGUGAUUUAGGAUCCUCAAGAAUUAUUUUAGGUUUAACUCAAGAUGGUCGUUUUACUCAAGAAGGAACUAAUCAAUUUAUAGCACCUGAAGUAAUUGAGGGAAAUUAUACCUCCAAUGUAGAUGUUUACAGUUUAGGUGUUACUUUAUUAAAGCUUUAUGAAAAUACUAGCUCAGAAUUUUAUAAUAAAGUUUUUUUUGAAAUAUUUAAAAGAAUGGCCAAUGAAGAUGAAUACCAAAGACCACAACCAUCCCAAAUAUUAGAAUUCAUUUGCAAACACUAUGAAUUUUUAAGACUAACAUCUGGGGAUUUCUUUCAUAGAAACCUAAAAGAAUCAUUAGAUUUUGUAAAUCAAAAAUACAAUUUUUUUGAAAAAAGUACAAGUACAAGUCCAAUUGAAUUUAAUUUAAACAGUUUUUAUAAUUUUAAUAAUCAAUCAUUAAAUUUUUAUUAUAAUAGCAAUAAUAAUAAUGGUUUUGAUAUUACCAAAGAUUAUAAAUGUAUUAGUUGCAUUGAUAUAUUAAAUAGCCAUCAAUAUUAUAUCAUAAUUGAUGGAAAAUAUUUUAGUUUAUUUUCAGUUAAAAGCUUUAUAUCUGAUAAAAAUUCAGUUAUGAAACAACAUUUCGAUCAAAUGUUUUCAGAAGAAAUGUUUUCAUUUUAUUUUAUGGAAUGUUCAAAAGUUUUUCCAUUAGAACCAAAUAAAGUUGAACUUUAUGAUAUCAAUGCAACUGAUGAUGAAAAUAAUUAUUAUUUAAUAGUUAACCCAACUGAAAACACUUUAAAACAAAUAUCAAUACAAAAUCCAAAUGCCAUAACAAAGAAAAUUCAAUUAAUAUUAUUAUUUAAAUUAAUUUUAUUAUUUUUUCAAAUUUUCGAAAAAGGAGAUAUCAAAAUGCUGUAUUUAUAUUUUCAUUUUUUAAAUGGCUUUCAAGUAUUUUUAACAAACAAAAAAGAAACUACCAAAGAUGAAGAAAAUCAAGAACCAUUCAAUGAUGUUAGGUUUUCAAUACUCUCUACAUUUGCAGAUCCAACAGAGAAACUACCUAACUUUAUAGACAUGGUCUUCAAGGUGUAUAGUAUAGAAACCAAAGACCCAGUCAUUGAUAAGAUUUAUGACUAUUUUAGUACUACCUUCGAAAAAGCUGAAACACCAGUUUAUUUUCAAUAUAAAUAUAUUUAUCAAAUUUUAGAAAAUGAAAAAGAAAGAUUAAUAAAUGAAAACAAAUACUUAAUGGAAUAUUACGAUAAAUUAGAUACAAGCUAUAACAAUAUUUUAAAAAAAAUUUCUAUUUCUGAAACUUUUGUUAUUAACCCAGUUAAACAAUUUCAUAAAAAAUCAAAUAUACAUAUACCAAUAUAUAUAGUUUAUCUUGAAGGAGAGGUUUUUGGUGCAAUUUCACGAGUGGCAUCUGAUAAAUUUAUUAAUUUUAUUGAACUUGUAAACCCUAUUUUAGAGAACAUUCAAUUUGAACCUUUAUUAAAACCCUCAAAAAAAACCCACUUUGAUCUUUUACUAUACGAUUUACCAACCAAAUUAAAAGAAUGCGUUAAUCAAUACUCAGAUUGGGAAAUAAAAAGAUCAAUGUUUACUGAUGAAGAAAAGAAUAAUUAUUUUAUGAAACUAGCCAAAAAACAUUUAAACAAUUUAAUCCAAUUAAAAUCAAUUAAAGACUAUAAAUUCAUAUAUGGUUUAGAAACGAUUAUUAUUGGUGAAGAAAUAUUUUAUUUUUUCGACUAUUUUGGAGGAAGUCCAUUUAGUAUAGUUGGUUCAAUUUAUGAUAUUGCUCUUUACUUUUUUGGUCAAGAAGAUAGCUGUCAACAACUCUUAAAUUUAAAUUUCUUUAAAUAUUUAAAUAUUUUAUUUUGUUAUAGUGUUAUGGUUGACCAAGGUCAUUCAAAAAUCGAAUAUUCCCCAUCAGAUGGUUUAUAUUAUUUAAACAAGUUAUCAAUCAACAGCAAUGAUAAUAAUAAUAAUGAUAAUCUCACCAACUACUCAAAAAUAACGAUUGGUUCUAUUAAAUAUAAUAUUUUAGAAAUAUUAAAUUUAAACCAUCACAAAGAUAAUGAUAUAUAUUUUGAUUAUAAAACAAUGAUUUUAUUAUUAGAAACUACCGAUACAAAUGAAAAAAUUUAUUGUAUUCGAAAACAAAAGAAGGAACAUUUAACUGAAGAUAUAAUAGAUGAAGUUAAAUUUGAAGAAAUUGAUAAUAAUAAGUUUAAAGAAUUUAAUGAUCAAAUCAUUGUUCCAUGCUAUAUUGUUCAAGAUAUUAAUACAUCAUAUUAUUUCUUUAAAUCUGAAUUAAAAAUCAAAUCAAUCGAGGACAUAAUUGAAAAAGAUUACAAUGAUAUCAGCAUAAUAAGAUCAUUAUUAUAUUAUUUCGAAUAUUUUGUAUCAAACCCAUCAAACUCAAAUCAAGUGAUUCUAAUUAAAUCAAAAUCAGUUUUAGAUCAACAAACAGAAGAUUUUUUAAUUAUUUUAGAUAUUUCAUAUUUUAUCAGAAGAGUCUAUGGUUUUUAUAUUGAAAGUAUAUAUCCCAAUUGGGAGAAAUAUAUUAGCACAGUUUAUUCAGGUAAAUCACUUUAUUCAAACUAUUUCAUAAUCAAUAAAAAUAAAAUAUUAAAUGAUAUAACCAGUUUAGAAAUUAUUCAAAGAAAUAACGACAAAAUAGAUGUUAUUAUUGGUUAUGACAUAAUAUUUAAUAUUAUAGAAAUUAAAAAAAUUAAAGAAAAUGUUCAUUUAGUCAAAAUAAAUGAUAAGUUUUAUAUUCGAAAAAUUACAGGUUCAAUUAGAGAAACCAAAGAAAUAAAAAAUGAAAAUGAUAAAACAUAUGAACUCAAAUUUUGA